UGCGGACCCGCCCCCGGUGGCGCUGUGCAUUGUGGGAGAGCUGGCGAUCUCCAUCAUGGCGGCUUCCAUUUCGGGCUACACCUUCAGUGCGGUGUGUUACCACAGCGCCAACAGCGACGCGGAUCACGAAGGAUUUUUACUAGGAGAGGUAAGACAAGAGGAGACGUUUAGCAUCAGUGAUUCACAAAUCAGCAACACUGAAUUUCUGCAAGUAAUAGAAAUCCAUAAUCAUGAGCCUUGUCCAAAGCUUUUUAGCUUUUAUGAUUAUGCGGGGAAAGUUAAUGAAGAGAGUUUGGACAGGCUUCUCAAAGAACGAAGAAAGAAUGUUAUUGGAUGGUACCGGUUUAGGAGAAACACUCAACAGCAGAUGUCCUACAGAGAGCAGAUCAUCCACAAACAGCUGACACACAUUCUUGGAGCUCCUGACCUCGUUUUCCUCCUUGUCAGCUUCAUCUCCACUGCAAAUAAUUCCACUCAUGCUUUAGAAUACGUACUUUUUAGACCAAACCGAAGGUAUAAUCAAAGGGUAUCGCUUACUAUCCCCAACCUAGGCAAUACCAGCCAGCAAGAAUACAAAGUUUCUUCAGUGCCAAACACUUCUCAGAGUUAUGCCAAAGUCAUUAAAGAGCAUGGUACUGAUUUUUUCGAUAAAGAUGGAGUAAUGAAGGACAUCAGGGCUAUUUAUCAGGUGUAUAAUGCGCUUCAGGAAAAAGUUCAGGCAGUGUGCAUAGAUGUAGAGAAGAGCGAGCGAAUGGUUGAAUCUUUUCAGGCAGAGGUGAACAAAUUGAAAAGACAAAUUACUCAGAGGAAAAAUGAAAAGGAGCAAGAAAUAAGACUGCAGCAGGCCGUUCUACACAGACAGCCGUCUGCAGAAAGUUCGGAAGCAGCGCUGAGUGGCCGGCUGCCCUAUUCCGACUUGGAGGUGGAAGGCGGCACCCUCGGAGAUACAGAGCCCUCGGACCCACCCCCUCCUUACUCAGACUUCAGCCCCGCCUGUGAAGAGAGUACUUUGGGCCACUCUGUCCUGGAGACGAGUGUCUUUAUGCCUCGACCCCAAGCGGUCGGCUCGUCCGGUUUGGUUUCCACAAGUGCAGGAUUGAAGUAUUCUGGAAACGGAGCGGCCCUGCCUCUGUCCCAGAGAGCAGCGGGAGACAAUGCAGAUGACUCGGAAGACAGUGACUACGGCCCGGCAGGGCCUUCUCCGAGUGAGUACUCGCACACCCGGGGGCCCCGGCCAACGACACACCCUGACGGAGACUCCAGGAACACUCAGGCCUCUCAGAUAUGACGGGGCAGAAGGAACUCUCAGUGUGGCACUGUUGUUCCUGACUUGUCAAAAGUCUUCUUGCAGACUUAAUUUCAGAGGAAAAAACUGCUUUGCAGAAACGGAGGCACCCCGAGGAGGCUUCUUGUGCCCAGGAGUGUGGUGUGUAGACUUGCCCUGGCCGGCUUGCCCACCUUGUGAUUCAGUUUGCAAGUUCAUAAUGGAAUCAUUAGGAUAAUCAGGUUGUACUAACACUGAUGAGAUCCGCGGAUGUCCUGGUCAAUUAGGCAAAGUGAAAUUUAUAGAAACCUUUUCGUUUUGGUUGCCGUAUUUUCAUUAAAAUAAAUUGGGAGUUGGAGACUAAGCACAAUUAGUCUAUAAAUGUCCUAUCAAAAUCAAAAACUUACCUCUUGCACUAUCAUGCCUUGAAAUUGAGUUUUUGAAAGGGAAGCAGGUUCAGCAGUAGCCUUCACAAACUUUCUACGAUGAGCCAAAUUAUUCUUUGCCAGAAAAGAAAUUUUGAUAAUUCUAAGAAGCCUGAUUGGAACACAUCGGACAGACCUUCUUCAAGCUGCAUGCCCUUUUGAGAUCAAAAGGGAAGGGUUUUGGUUCAACUUUUUAACUCUCCUGAUGUGUGUAUCACUUAAAAUGGUUGCCUUUUUAUGUAGGAAUACUCAUUCCCAGUAAACAAUCACCAAUGAAAAUAGGUCCCAGCGUUCUUGGCGUGUCUGGGUGUGGGCUCCGGUGGUGAUGCCGCUGUCUCCCAAAGCUCAGAACAGCUUCCGUCCUUGGCCUGGAGGUGAAGGGCCCAGAAUCCAGGAAAGAGCCUCGGGCAUCUCACCUAGGGUUAUAAUGAACAGAUUCCAAAUGUGAUUUCUUUUCUUUCAGAGAUUAUGUGUAAAGGAGGUAAUGAAUUUAUGCCUUCAGAUGAAAUUAUUAAUGAGUUUUUAUGUAAGAAUUCUAGAAGGGCCUAUAAUGGAAACAAAUCUGUUUGGUAUCUUGAUGAUUAAAGAUUUGUUUUAAAUUUGAA